UUAGGCAGUAGUAACUGUGCGGAUGCUCAUCCUCGUUUUUUUUAUUACUUCUGAGAUUUUAUUGCUGGCAGCCAGAUGUGCUGAAACUCCUGAGGGCAGCAUUUAUUCCGUGUGUGUUUUUAAGAGGCAUCGAGAAAUAUGAGGAGGCUACAUGAAUGCAGCUCAGCUUCACACUUCAGCUGGGAAUGCCCAGGAAGAUUGCUGCUGCUGUUUGGAAUUCCUGCUCUAGUGAUGAGAAGUCAGUGUGGGUCCUACGGUUUUUUACGACCGAAUUAGAAGAAUGACAUUACAACUAUUUCUCCAUCCCUGCACAUUUAGCUACGAUUUUUAUCGAGACCAGGAGAAAUAUGGAACUUGAUUGCCGUAUCUGCAUUUGAUGGUGACUGCAAAAUAGAUGACUUUUUUGCACAGGUGGUAAGAAGGAAUAGCAGGGAAGAAGGGAAAAAAAAAUGCAAUUUGAGACAUUGCGACAGGUCUGCAAUUCGGUGUUAUCACAUUUUCAUGGGGUUUUCUCAUCUCCAAAUAUUUUACAAAAUGAUCUUUUUGCACAAACGUUGGAUAAUGCUAGAAAAAGAAGUCCAUCAAUACCCAGAGAUCAGAACAGGAGUUUCAAUCAGCUGGAGGAGAGAGACGACUAUCCACAGUAUGCAACAUCAGAUGCUGCAAUGCCAAGAUCACCAUCAGAUUAUACAGACAGACAUUCACAACAUGGGUUGCAACCAUACGAAGAACCUGAAAUCGAUGACUAUAGGGAUUCUAGCAGGAGAAAUCGCAGACGUUCACGGGAAUAUCCUUUAGAGGAAGAUGACAUGCAAAAUAGAGGGGAAUAUGAAAGGCAGCGGAGGGAGGAAGAAUAUCAAGCACGAUACCGAAGUGAUCCUAAUUUGGCUCGUUAUCCUGUCAAACCCCAACCAUACGAAGAGCAAAUGCGCAUUCAUGCUGAAGUCUCGCGUGCACGUCAUGAAAGAAGGCACAGUGAUGUGUCUUUGGCCAAUACUGAAUUGGAAGAUUCCCGGAUUUCGAUGAUGAGAAUGGACCGACCAUCCAGGCAAAGGUCUACCUCUGAACGCAGAGCUGCCAUGGACCAACGUUCGUAUUCAAUGGAAAGGACUCAGGGACUAAGUCCCAAUAGGCAGAGAACUGCAAAUCACAGUCCUCCAACACCUAGGAGGAGUCCAAUACCUUUUGAUAGACCAGAUAUGAGGAGAACUGAUCCAUUAAGAAAACAGCAUCAUUUAGACCCAAGCUCAGCUGUACGGAAGACAAAACGUGAAAAAAUGGAAACCAUGUUAAGAAAUGAUUCGUUGAGUUCGGAUCAGUCGGAAUCAGUUAGGCCUCCACCACCAAAGCCUCAUAAAACAAAAAAAGGAGGUAAAAUGCGCCAGGUGUCAUUGAGCAGCUCUGAAGAAGAGUUGGCUUCUACACCAGAAUAUACGAGCUGUGAUGAUGUAGAGAUUGAAAGUGAAAGUGUUAGUGAAAAAGGGGACAGUCAAAGGGGAAAAAGAAAAACUAGUGAGCAGGCAGUUUUGUCGGACUCUAACAUCUUAUCUGAAAGACAAAAGAAAAUGGUGUGUUUUGGUGGCCAGUCUUUGGAAGAGGACUUGGAAUGGUCUGAACCUCAGAUUAAGGAUUCUGGGGUAGACACUUGUAGUAGCACAACUCUAAAUGAGGAACAUAGCCAUAGUGAAAAGCAUCCUGUAACCUGGCAGCCAUCCAAAGAGGGAGAUGGCUUAAUUGGCCGAAUUUUGUUAAAUAAGCGCCUAAAAGAUGGAAGCGUGCCUAGAGAUUCAGGAGCAAUGCUUGGACUUAAGGUGGUUGGAGGAAAAAUGACUGAAUCAGGUCGACUAUGUGCAUUUAUCACCAAAGUAAAAAAAGGAAGUUUAGCUGACACAGUUGGACAUCUUAGGCCAGGUGAUGAAGUAUUAGAAUGGAAUGGAAGGCUUUUACAAGGAGCCACUUUUGAAGAAGUGUAUAACAUCAUUCUUGAAUCCAAACCAGAGCCACAAGUAGAACUUGUAGUUUCAAGGCCAAUAGGGGAUAUUCCCAGAAUACCUGACAGUACGCAUGCACAGUUGGAGUCCAGUUCUAGUUCAUUUGAAUCUCAGAAAAUGGAUCGGCCUUCCAUAUCAGUCACUUCUCCCAUGAGUCCUGGGAUGUUGAGAGAUGUUCCACAGUUUUUAUCUGGACAACUUUCAAGCCAAAGCCUUAGUAGAAGAACAGCGCCUUUUGUUCCUAGGGUUCAGAUAAAGUUGUGGUAUGACAAAGUUGGUCAUCAAUUAAUAGUCACAAUAUUGGGAGCAAAAGAUCUCCCUUCAAGAGAAGAUGGGAGACCAAGGAAUCCCUACGUUAAGAUUUACUUUCUUCCUGACAGAAGUGAUAAAAAUAAAAGAAGAACAAAAACAGUAAAAAAAACAUUGGAGCCCAAGUGGAACCAAACAUUUAUUUAUUCUCCAGUUCAUCGGAGAGAAUUUCGAGAGCGAAUGUUGGAAAUUACUCUUUGGGACCAAGCUCGUGUUCGUGAGGAAGAAAGUGAAUUUUUAGGAGAGAUUCUUAUUGAAUUAGAGACAGCAUUGCUGGAUGAUGAGCCUCAUUGGUACAAACUUCAGACUCAUGAUAUGUCCUCAUUGCCACUUCCCCAUCCUUCCCCAUAUUUGCCACGCCGACAGCUUCAUGGAGAUAGCCCUACACGAAGGUUGCAAAAUAAAGGCUCAUAUUCAUAUAAUCCAGGAUCCAAAAGAAUAAGUGAUAGUGAAAUCUCGGACUAUGAUUGUGAUGAUGGAAUAGGAGUAGUGUCAGAUUACAGACAUAAUGGAAGAGAUCUUCAAAGUUCAACAUUAUCAGUGCCAGAACAAGUGAUGUCAUCCAAUCAUUGCUCUCGAUCAGGCUCUCCUCAGCGUGGUGACAGUAUAGGAAGAACUAGAUCAUGGUCUCCCAGUGUUCCUCCAUUACAAAGGAAUGUGGAACAUGGGUCUCGAGGGACCCGAUCUACUCCUGCACAUUACAAUACCAUGAAUCGAAUGGAUAGACAUCGAAUAAUGGAUGACCACAACUGUCCAGACAGAGAGAGUCAUUAUCUCACUCUGCCUUGGUCCCAUCACACUCAAUCCAUUGACUACCAUCAUAGAGAUGCCAGGAGGAGUAGGAAGGAGGGAAGAGAGCCUAAUACAUAUGUUGAUGACACGUUUAUUUCCCCUGCUCUCGAAAGGUAUUACAAUGGUGCAAGUUCAUGGGCAGAUCAUGUAGUCAAUGGUACAGCUGAAAAUCACAGGAAUUGGGACCCUAGACUACCAUAUCAAAGAUCCAGAUCAACAGAACAGCGUCCAGUGCUAGAGCGGCCCAGCCCCCGCUCCCGAUCCACUGAGCGUCCUGAGUCAAACCUCAUGAGAUCGAUGCCUUCAUUAAUGACUGGAAGAUCUGCCCCUCCCUCACCUGCAUUAUCGAGGUCACAUGCUCAUUCGGGGUCAGUCCAAACAAGCCCAUCAAGUACUCCGGUGGCAGGACGCAGGGGUAGACAGUUGCCACAACUCCCACCAAAAGGGACCCUGGAGAGAAGUACUCUGGAUAUUGAAGAGAGAAAUCGUCAAAUGAAAAUGAACAAGUACAAACACGUAGCAGGAUCAGAUUCCAGGCUGGAGCAAGAUUAUCAUUCCAAGUAUCGUCCUGGGCGGGACCCUCAACGGGGCUCUGAUAAUGUGUCCAACAAGUCUUCGGACAGUGAUGUCAGUGAUGUAUCAGCAGUCUCAAGAACCAGCAGUGCAUCCCGUUUUAGCAGCACUAGUUACAUGUCUGUGCAAUCAGAACGGCCAAGAGGAAACAAGAAAAUUAGUGUUUUCACAUCUAAAAUGCAAAGCAGACAGAUUGGAGCUUCAGGACAGAACAUAACUAAAAGCACCAGCAUCAGUGGGGAUAUGUAUACCCUAGAGAAGAACGAUGGCAGCCAAUCCGACACAGCGGUGGGCACUGUGGGUACAGGUGGCAAAAAACGGCGAUCCAGUAUUGGUGCAAAAAUGGUAGCUAUCGUGGGACUUUCACGGAAAAGCAGGAGCACCUCACAACUCAGCCAAACUGAAGCAGGUGGUAAAAAACUGAAGAGUACAGUACAGAGAAGCACAGAAACUGGGUUGGCUGUGGAGAUGAGAAAUUGGAUGACACGUCAGGCCAGCAGGGAGUCUACAGAUGGCAGCAUGAACAGUUAUAGCUCAGAGGGAAAGUGAUAUCCAAGUUGGAAUGAUGGACAAAAAGGGACAAUUGGAGGUAGAAAUAAUAAGAGCACGAGGCCUUGUUGUAAAACCAGGUUCAAAGACACUGCCAGCACCAUAUGUAAAGGUGUAUCUAUUAGAAAAUGGAGUCUGUAUAGCCAAAAAGAAAACAAAAGUGGCAAGAAAAACGCUGGAACCGCUUUACCAGCAGCUGUUGUCAUUUGAAGAGAGCUCUCAAGGGAAAGUUUUACAGAUUAUUGUAUGGGGAGACUAUGGGCGUAUGGAUCAUAAAUCCUUUAUGGGAGUGGCACAGAUACUUUUAGAAGAACUGGACCUGUCCAAUAUGGUGAUUGGCUGGUUUAAACUAUUUCCUCCUUCGUCCCUAGUAGAUCCAACUUUGGCCCCUCUUACAAGAAGGGCUUCCCAAUCAUCUCUUGAAAGUUCAACAGGACCGUCGUACGCUCGCUCAUAGCAGCUGUGAACUUUAUCAUAGCAACCAGCGUUACAAAAAAAAUAAAUAUUUAACAGGUCGCAAGCUCUGGUAACACUGCAUGCUUAAUGUUGCGUCUUUGAAGCCUGUUUCUAGGGCUAGAAAGCGAUCCUGUAUUCUCAGAGGAAGUUGCACACAUUGUGCUCUAAAGGUAGUCCUCAGGUGAAGGAGUGGAACUGGAAGAACUGAAUGGUUUGGAGUUCAGUGACACUCAACUUUUAAUCCAAUUUGAAGCCAUGGAUUAAACUAAAGAAUCAAGUUGUCUCAUGCAACAAGAAUCCCUUCAAUGGCACGUCUAUUUUCUUGUUCUCUUUUCUUUACUGGCCCUUUUCUGCCCGCACCCACCCAAGCCUGGUUAUGCCACAGAAAUAUGGAGCUACCCAAAGAAGUUGUGCUAUAAGAAAAAAAAGAAAAGUGAGCUGUCAUUGCAUUCAUUAACAGCAGAGGAAACUUGCCUUAUCAGAAAGCUUGAAGACUUGAGCAGCAGGCUUUGUACCUCCGGCUACUAAUAGAAUCAAAUCCAGUGUGGACUAAGUGAAAAGUAAAAUUCUGUGGCUAUACUGUACUGUAUGAAUUAAAAGACACUUUUUUGCAUGGACACAGAUUAUGCUGAACAUUUAAAAUUAUUUUCUUGGGGCUGCAACUUGCAAAAAAAAAAAAAGAAUAAAUCAGCCAUUUUCAACAAUUUAUAUUAUUUUUAAAAAUAAAUUUCACUAGUGCAUGGUUUUAAAAGGGAGAGAAUGCAACAAGGUGAUAGACACACCAAGUUAUCAUUCUUUAAACCAAUCAUGGUCUGUGUUUUUGCAGACAACAAUGAAAUAUUAAUAAUUUCUAGCAAAUACUCAAAUUAUGUUUAUGUGACAAGAAAUAAAUGUAAUAUAUUAAAUUUAUUUAAAUGUAAAAGGUACAAGCCUUGUAAAGUUCAAAAUAUGUGCAAAUUGUACACUUCUUUCCCUUCUCGUUUCCCCCAUCCUCCUUUUGCCCUCUCGUUGCUGUCCUGGUUCCCAGGACGAUCAUUAUCCUUCGAAAUUGCUACUUUUUGACUUACUACUCUCAAGCUCCCUAUUUGAUUCAGGGAUACAGACUGAUUCUGCAUUUCUGAAAUCUUUGAGAAAAAAAAAAUUGUUUAAGAACUUUUUUCAAGCAUGUUGAAAAGAAUUUUGCAACAUGGCUUGGGGAGUACAUUACAAUAAUUCAGCAUGUAUUUGAUAACAAAUUGAACUUUUUGCUGUUUAUUGUACAGUGCAUGAAAAACUUUUCCCUCUCACCUUCAAAUUGAAUUAUACAGCAAAAUACUGGAAUCAUGUGGCCAUUUGUAAAACGUCUUCAAUAAAUUUGUUUUCAGCACCAGCAUCAUUCAUUCAAAGGUUGAACUAUCAUUUCUAAAUAAAGAAAUAUCAGAGCAGUCUUGGUAAAUAUCAACAUCUUAUCACUUCCAUUGAGCCAAAUAAAUUGCUACCUAUUAAACUCUUCUGUUCAGUUUUCAUAAACUCGGAUGGGGAAAUCAGUGAAUAUGAACUUGACAUUCAAGUCAUAAUUUGAGCUGCAGUCCUGUAUCUACUUAAUCUUUCUAUUAAUGGGAAAUACAUGCCCAAAGAGAUUGCAGAUUUUUUUAAAUUCUUAAACGCCUUAAACAAAAUACAUAACAUUUAUUAAUUUUGACACCCGUCACCAAAAACCUAAAAUGCACAUGUUGCAGGUAUUUGAAGAAACAAACACCUGUUUCCUAUAUCAGGUAAUUUAGGGUAACUGGAAAUGUGGAUAAUUUUAAAUCCAGAUCUUAUUUUUUUCCUGAUAAAAAGAUAUGUAACUUGUUCAUGUUGAAGUAUAUCAUCCUUUUUUCCCCUGUAUCUUUAGAUGCCUUACAGAUCUAUUGUUUAAUGAUGAGGCAUUGCAAUAAUAUUUUAAUAUGUGCAACUAUUAAUUUAAGGCCAUACUCAUGAAUAUUUUACUUUUGUAUUUACAUAUCCCUGUAUGUACAUGAAUUAUAGGAGGGCAAAAGGAAAAAUGGGUAUACUGCCAUUUCUUUUAUAUGGUUCAAUUUUAAAACAGAACAGAAUUCCUUCAAGGUUUGCACAUGUUCCAUGCAUGAGUACCAUUGAAUGUGAAUGGAAUUAAUGCAGUCAAAAUGCUUGGUGAAUUGUACCCUUGCAGUGAUCUCAAACAGCACCUGAACCCCAAAGGGAAUUCUUGUUGACAGGAGUUCUGUUUACGUACCAAACCCUUUUGCAUUCAUAAAAGAAUUACCUAGCUAAGAAGGAUAAUUGAUCUUUUACAAGAUUAUGUAUAGGUUAAUGACGAUCGGUUAAAAACAUAUUGACUGAAAUAAUUUAAUCACCUGUAUGAGCAAUCAAUGAAUACUAACACAUGCAUUAAUCCCUAAAAAUAAAAAAAAACAUUUUUAAAGUGUACGACUCUUUUCCUGAUACUGUGAUAUGCAGUGGGUGCACACUUUAUGCAUAUUCCUAUAAAAUAUUUCUUAAUUCACACAAGGAGGACAUGACAAUAUGGAAAGUGUGUACGUAACUGAUCAUUAUGCAGUAUUUAUUUUUGAUUGUAUU